AUGAGAAGAGGGCAUUCUUCUGGGAAUUACAGAAACCCAUGUUUGACUAUGCACCAGCCAUGGGCUUCGUUGCUGGUUUAUGGUAUCAAGCGCAUCGAAGGCCGGACAUGGGCCGCUCCUAUUAGAGGGUGUGUUGAAGUGGUUGGAUGUGUUAGACGUGAAGAACUAGCAUGCUGGGAGAUGGUACCGGAAGGGGUGAGGCUAGAAGCACAAACUGAUUUAUGUUGGCUUUGCGAGCAGCCACAGAAAUUGUUAAUUCCGUUUGAGAUGCGUGGGUACCAAGGUGUUUAUAACUUGGAAAAGAAGAUAUAUGAAGCUGCUAUUAGAGGUCUUACCCCGGUUGAAGGUCCCCUUCCAGUAAAAUUUUUACUUCCAAAUCCACAAGAUCCAUUUUCGUUGAAACCAGGGUCUAUCUCUGCAAAUGUCCCAGAAACUAGAACUUCUGAACUGGAGAGAUCUUCAAGUCUCACAGCGGCCAUAGCUGGUGCACGAGCAGCAGCUACACAGUUCUCCAAGAAAGUUCAAGAUUUUGAAACAACUCCCCAAACCAAUACAGCACAAUCUGUAAGGACACUUCCAUUAAAGAGUGAAUCUUUUGAAGAGGAUACAACGCCAUCUGCUAACUUAAGUGAGACCUCUAAUAAGGGGGCAUUAACAUCAAAUAACAAGGAGAAAAUAAGUCCCAUUAAGUAUGAGGGAAUCACCAGCCUCAGUCAACCUUCUUCUGGAGGUUUGAGACCUCAUCCUGGUGCACCUUCUAAGAGCUCCAUCCAAAUGGGUGUUAGUGUUUCAUAUUUGUUGUUGGUGGUGGUGAGUUUAUUAGUGUUGUUGAUUAAUGCGGGAGUGGGACUCCCAGUAGCAGGAUCAGGUUUUAAAGAGAGGGUGAAGGCCUCUGAUUCUGAAGCUGAAGCAGAAGCCGAAGCAACAGCAGCUUCUUCUAUGAUACCCAAUCGCUUUCGAUCUCCGCCGCCGCCACCUCUAUAUAGUCGUACUCAUGGCCAUUACGCCUUAAUACCUCCUCCUCCUCCAGAGACGCCAAUGUUGCCACCACUGCAGCCAUCUCCGUCAUCAAACUCAUCAGCACCACCGGUGUCGCUGCCAUUUCAGUCACCAUCACUGCCAUCACCACCACCACCGUCACCUCCGUCACCAUUGGCAUCUCCAUCACUACCACUACAGCUGUCACCACCAUCGUCAUAG